UGCAUCUCACGGCUCGGCCGGAAAUGACGCCCGAGAAGCUGCCGGACUUCGGUGACGUGCCGGUGGUGCUCAACUGUCCACUGUGCUUCCGCCGGGUCAAGACCAAGGUCGAGCUCGAGAACGGCCGCUUCGCGAUGUGCAUGGCCUGCUGUACGUGCGCAUCAGUUGUGUGCUGCUGCUUCUUCUGGGUGCCCCUGUACUCGGACUACUUCAAGGACUUGUACCACGUGUGCCCGCAUUGCCACGGCAUCCUCUACGAGCGGAAGCCGAUGGGCUGAGAAUCCAAGGCAGCGCCUGCGAGGACAAUCGCGUUCUUCGGAAUUUUUUUUU